GAUGGUGUUCCGCCGCACUUCAAGCCCGGGUUCGUUUCUACGUAUCCUCUGGGAUCUCCUUUGUUGAUACCCCAACUUCGACCGCGACAGCGACAAAGGUCUUGCAGUUUCGCACGCCGCUCUCGACUCUCUGGUCAGCCCCCGGCGUUUUCUCCCCCAUAACUACAUAACAUGUCUCUGUGCCCUUUGCCUCUCAUAUAUCCGAAAACCCUAGACUUCAAGCUUGCUUUGUUCUGAUCUGACUUUUCUUGUUCUUGGAGGGUUCAAAUUAGGGAUUGAACAUACAGCAACAACCGAUAAUCUCUAGUUCUGCAGUUCUUUGGAUUUGUAGAUUGGAAACCUAUGGGCAUUGUCGAUCCCAAGUAAUUUGUUUCGGUUUCUCUGGAAGCAGCUACUUGUUCGAAGAAAGGUUUGAGUGAAAGGCUCUGUAUACAGGAAUUAGAUAGCAAUGAGAGAGAAGAUGAAGGGGAAGCUCGAUCUUGAAGACGAGGGAGAUACUCAAAAGCCAGUAAUUGUAUUGACCAGUAGCGAAGAUGAAGAGGCGAAUGAAGAUCUCAGCCUCAAAAUUGUUGAGAAAGCAAGAAUGCGAGAGAUGAAUAGGAAACGAAAAGAGGAUUUUGAUGAGUUUGAGGUCAGUGAGGGUGUUCGAUCAGCUAUGGUCAUUGACCUCUCGUCGUCGUCUUGUGAAGUAACCGAAGCAGCUGAUCAGUGUGGUGCCACUGACAGUGGAGACAUGGCCUCAGUGGUGGCAGUGCUAGAGGUGAAGAAUAUGAAGAAAAAGACGAAGAAAAAAAAGGAUAUCAAAUCAGAAGAAAGGAAUGUCAAUAUUGGAAGGACAGAAGACCAUGCAGACACAGCUGAAGCUGUGGAAACUGUUUCAUUAGUGGAAACAGAAGCAGAAACUGUUAAGUCUGUUGAAGUAGGGGCAGUUAAAUCCAUGGGAGCAGAAGGGGUUGAAGUAUCUGACAAUAUUGUGCUACGAAAGCUUCUUCGAGGCCCAAGGUAUUUUGAUCCUCUUGGAAGUAGUUGGGAUAAGUGCUAUAAUUGUGGCAAGGAAGGUCAUGCAGCGGUGAACUGUGUGUCACAGGAGAGGAAGAAACCAUGCUUUGUUUGUGGGAGUUUGGAGCACAGUGUGAAGCACUGCACGGAGGGCCAAUAUUGCUACAUCUGCAAAAGAAAAGGUCAUCGUAAAAAAGAUUGUCCUGAGAAAGACCAAAAGAAAAGUUCAGAGAGUUCAAAUACUUGUCUAAAAUGUGGAGAUGCUGGGCAUGAUAUGUUUUCUUGUUGGAGUGAUUAUUCCCCUGAUGAUCUCAAGGAAAUACAAUGUUAUUCUUGCAAGGCCUUUGGGCAUUUCUGUUGUACUGACUUUAUAGAUACUGGCCCAAGAGUAGUUUCUUGUUAUAACUGUGGUCAAUUUGGACAUACUGGAUUGGGAUGUGCCAAGUCUCGUGGGGGAACCAUUGGUGCUGGGUCAUCUACUGUAUGCUACAAAUGUGGGGAGGAAGGACAUCUUGCACGGGGAUGCACAAAGUACUCUCAGUCUGCUCAAAGGAUCGGCGGAUUCUCUACACCUAGAAAGAGAUCUCAUAAGGAAGGUAGGGAUGCCAUAGAAUUUAGAUCUGCUCCUCAUAAUCGUGGUAGAGGAUUUAAAAAGAAGAGAAUGCAGCAUGAGGAAAUAGAGAUUGCUACGCCAGCAAAAUCAAAGCGGAGGGGAGGGUGGAUCACUGAUGAUCCAGGAGACCUACCAAAUAUAAAAUCCAAAGCAAAUGGUUGGAGGUCUCCUACAACACCAUCCAAAAAGGGUCACAGGAUUUCCAAUUUAACUAGAGGAGGUGAUACCUCAAGUUCUCGAUCUCCAUGGAAAAGUCCCAAUCUUCCUCCUCGAACCCCUGGUUCACGUGGUUCGGCAAACUCAUAUCAGCCCAGAUUUUCAGCGUCAAGGUUUGGAAAUUCAAGUGCUAGUCAGUUCAGGAGAAAUUACGAUUGGUAGGAAGUAGGAACUACGAGUUAUUACACCUUGAUUACCAGUAGAAGCAGUAGAAGGUGAGCUUGCAAAAGGUCCAGGCCGCCGGGGUACACUUAUGGUGGUGUCAAUCUUGUUUUGUACAUCAUUAGAUGGAUAGCUGUUGAACUUCAGGGAGCUGAUUGUUGGCCCCCAGCUAAUUGUUGGGCUUGCUGGAACAAUUUUCAUUAUUUAUUAUUUGUUCGGGUAACUUCCAACUCCUUUCCUAUAAUAAGGUACGAUUUACAAGUUAAUGUUUUUCUAUGUAUGUGUUUGGGUUGGUAUGCUACCCUUUAUGCUUGACUGAAAUGUGCUGAGAAUGACAUCCAUUGGGAAGGGUAAGACCCAAUUUUUCCCCAA